UGACGUAGAGUUGAAAGGUUACGAAUUUGACGUCGCCGCAUGUGAGUAGCUGAUGUUGCUCUCCAACUACAACAAACCAUAACAAGCGGCUCUUGUCGGUGUCAUGUCCUGAGUUGCAAUGAGGAACUUGAAGCUACUGAAGAGCCUGAAGAGUUCGGAGCUUCAGGGCCCGGGCUCUCCGCAGUGUUUGGCGGUACGCAGCGACACCGGGACACUACUGAUCGCCUCUCAAUACUCAAUCGCUGAGUUCAACCCUCAAACUGGACAGGUGGCAAGUGAGGCCUCGCUGACAGCAGAUGGCUACCUCCCAGCAGAUGGCAGUGGCUGCGUGGUCGGGCUGCAAGACCUGCCAGAGACCGAGUCAGCAUGUUUGGCCUUGACUAGCGGGGAUGUCGUCGUCUUUGACUUCAACACCAGCCAGUUGGAGUGUGUCGGCAGUGUGAACAGCGGGCUGACCUCCAUGAGUUGGAGUCCUGAUGAAGAACUCGUCAUUCUCACGACCGGUCAGGAAACCAUUAUCAUGAUGACCAAAACAUUUGAGCCGAUUACCGAGUUUGGAAUUCACCAGGAUGACUUUGGCGAAGGGAAGUUCAUCACAGUGGGUUGGGGCAAGAAGGAGACACAGUUUCAUGGCUCAGAAGGCAAACAGGCCGCACAGAAGAAGGCUCAGGAAGUGAAGCCGACAGCAGAGUGGGACGACAGAUGCCCUCGAGUGACAUGGCGAGGGGAUGGACAGCUUUUUGCUGUCAGUGCCGUCUGCCCGAGUACAGGAGCCCGGAAGGUCCGGGUGUGGAACAGGGAAGGCGUCCUGCAGGCCACCAGCGAGGCUGUCAAUGGCCUGGAGCAGGCGCUGUCCUGGAAACCUUCCGGCAGCUUGUUGGCGAGCACCCAGCGCCAUCCCAACAAGCACUGUGUGGUCUUCAUGGAGAAGAACGGCCUGCUGCAUGGAGACUUCACCCUGCCCUUCAGAAAAGACCAGGCUAAGGUGAAGGAGCUUCUGUGGAACAACGACUCCACGGUUCUGGCUGUCUGGUUGGAGGAUUUAACACCGGGCGAGGACGGACGCUUGAACACUUGGGUGCAACUGUGGACAGUGGCAAACUACCACUGGUACCUGAAACAGAGCCUGGAUUUCGGCACAGACCCAAGCCAGGCUCCGGUGUGCGUGUGCUGGGACCCUGAACGGGCUCUGCGUCUGCACCUGGCCACCCGCGGCUGGAGCUGCCUGGUUUACGACUGGGGCUGGACGACGGAGAGGAGCCCGGGGACGGAUGCCUCGGACUACGCCAACGUGGCUGUGAUUGACGGAGAUAAGAUCCUGGUGACCACCUUCAGGCAGGGCAUUGUUCCUCCACCCAUGUGUUCCUUUGACCUCCAGCUCAGCUCACCUGUCAAUCAGGUUACCUUCCUCUGCCAGCCUCAGAGGACCAAUCAGCUCGCGGCACUUACCGCAAAUGGAAACAUAACCAUCUACAACCAAGCAGAUUCUGGAGGCGAACCUAACAAAGCUGCAAAUGAAUUUAAGACUGUGAUUCGUCCCUUGGUCUUCAAGGAAACCUUCAGCAUCGCCAUGCAUCAGGAGGCCCCGCUAUGUCUGCGACAUCUGCUGUGGCUUCAGGACAAUCUCUUUGUGGCUGUGAGCACAGGUCUGGUGCCCACCUCCUCCGCCCUGAUACUGCUGUGUCCCAGCCAGGACGUCGACACGCUCUCCGUCAGAUGUCGGCUAGAAGUGGACGGCGUCGUGAUCAGCAUGGUCCAAUGUUGUAGCACGCGCUCGGUUGCCCUACAGCUGGAGGAUGGGCGCAUUAGGAAGUUGCUCUGGGAUUGUGCCGAUCCUUCGGUGGAGGAGUGGCAGGAGUCCAGUGGGUGCAGCGUUAACUUCCCCGUGCCCUGCACUCAAAUGGCUCUCUGCAGUGUGGAUGGCCAGGAGUGUGUGCUGGGCCUGACGGACAGAUCUCACCUGUACGCUGCUGAUGUGGAGCUCGCCUCCAACGUGUCAUCCUUUGCCGUGUGUGACGACUUCCUGGUGGUCACCACGCACUCGCACACGUGCCGCUGCCUCAGACUGAGCACACUCGGCCUUAAAGCGCUGCAAGCAGCCUUGGCCCAGGACGGCGGGCAGAACGACGAGACCUUGCGGCGAGUGGAGCGGGGGUCCCGUGUGGUCACAGUGGUGCCACAAGACACACGGGUGGUCUUGCAAAUGCCGCGUGGGAAUUUGGAGACUGUCCACCAUCGGGCUCUGGUGCUGGCGCAGCUCAGGCAGUGGCUGGACGAUUUGAAGUUCAGGGAAGCUUUCGAGUGUAUGAGGAAGCUGCGCAUCAACCUCAACCUCAUUUAUGACCACAAUCCAAAGGUGUUCUUGGAGAACACGCACACAUUCCUGAAGCAGUUGGACUCCAUCAGCAACAUCAACCUGUUCCUCACAGAGCUCAGGGAGGAGGACACCACCAUUAGCAUGUAUCCUCGCCCCGGGGGAUGCCCGCAGCUACAGCGGCCGCUGCACGCCCCCGGAUCUAAGAAGGUGGAUGUCAUUUGUGAUGCUCUACGCAGAACCAUGGAGGACACACAUCCCAACAAGUUUUGUCUGUCUGUACUAACGACACAUGUGAAGAAGUCAACUCCUGAGCUGGAGAUUGCCCUGCAGAAAGUCCAUGAGCUUCGAGUGAACCCUCCUGAAGGAGACGGUGGCGUGAACGCUGAGGAGGCACUGAAGUAUCUCCUCUUCCUCGUCAAUGUCAACGACUUGUACGAACACUCGCUGGGGACGUACGACUUUGACCUGGUGCUCAUGGUGGCCGAGAAAUCACAGAAGGAUCCCAAAGAGUACCUCCCCUUCCUGAACAUGCUGAAGAGCAUGGAGGUCAACUACCAGCGCUACACCAUUGACAAACACCUGAGACGUUAUGGCAAGGCGCUGAUGCACCUCAGGAAGUCUGGAGAUGAGCAUUUCCCAGAAGUUUUACAGCUGGUGAAGGAGCAGAAGCUUUACAGCCAAGCUCUGCGUCUUUACUCAGCUGACAGCGCUCACUACAAGGCACUGAGCCGUGCCUACGCCAAGCACCUUCUAGAUCAGCAGCAAGCUGAGCAGGCUGGCCUGAUGCUAUGGCGAUGCGGUGAGCUCGACGGAGCCUUGCAGGCCUUCACCACCGGCGCCAGCUGGAGAAACGCCAUCUGCGUGGCACAGCAGAUUCCGCUGCCCAGCGACCGACUUGCCCUGCUAGCCCGAGACCUCGCAGGUAGGCUGAGCGGACAGCGACGCUUCACGGAAGCAGCCGUGCUGCUGGACCAGUAUGCCAAAGACUGUGAGGAAGCCAUUUCGAUGCUGAUCUCCGGUGCGGCCUGGGAAGAGGCACUACGGCUGAUUCACAUGCACAACAGAGCUGACAUCACAGAGACAGACCUGAAACCCGCCCUGGAUGAAGCGGCAUCAGCACAGAUUUUCCUGGUGGAGACGCAGCUGGCCGCCUUCUCGCACCACCGCGCACGUCUGACGCUGGUGCGGCAGCAGAAAGAGGACAAAGCCCGAAUGAGCAUGCUGGAUGAGGACGGUCCCGACUGUGCGGACGCAGAACUUUACUCCGAGGCCAGCAGCGUCACGAACGCGUCCAAGUACUCCCACAGCAACUCGCGCGUCUCCUCGAGGUCUUCAAAAAACCGCCGCAAGGCUGAGAGGAAGAAGCUGAGUCUGAAGGAAGGAAAUCCCCAGGAGGAAAAAGCGCUCUUGUACACCCUGGGAGAGAUGGUUGCCAGCGUGGACAAAAUGAGAGAGGAGAUUCAGGCGCUGCUCAAGGCUCUCGUGCUCUUCCGCUUCGACAGGCAAGCCGAUGAACUCCAACUCGUUUUUCAGCAAGCUCUGCACGCCAUGGAGGAGGCCGUCCCGGAAGUAUGGCCUCAGGACAUACAGAGCAGCCACACACCGCUGACGGGACCCAACUCAACAGCAAACAGUAUCAUGGCUUCCUUCCAGCAGCAGCAGACGCAGACGCAGCCAACGUCAAAAGAUAUUGAGAUCUCGACUCCGCCUACGAUGAGAAGUGGAGUCAAGUGGAAUUUGGACUUUUGAACGAAACUUAUUUUUGUUUGAAUGUAUUAGAUAUUAAAGAGAAUACACAUUAUGUAAAAAAUAAAUAAAGCACUUCUUCAUCCAGA